CUGCACCAAGGGCACGAUUGGCCCGCUUCGCUCAACCGAGUGGCUGCUUUGUUGUCCCGGCAAUGAUUUACGCCGGGGCGGCGACGGCUUCCUCCCUGUGGCGGCUGCGCUCGGGCGUCCGGCGGCCCCUCUCAGCUUAUGGAAGAAGAAUCAGUGUCAGAUUUUGCAGUUCAGGAAUGACCUUAGAUAGUAUCAAUCGGGCAGCUGUGGAUCGAAUAAUCCGGGUGGAUCACGCAGGCGAAUAUGGAGCCAACCGCAUCUAUGCUGGGCAGAUGGCUGUCCUGGGUCGUUCAAGCGUCGGGCCUGUCAUUCAGGUGGGUGCUUCUUUUGUAUCCAUCCCUUACCUUCCUCCUCUGGGUUUAACAACUCCAGGGGCAGGGACUGCCUUGCUGGGGAAGGAAGGCGCGAUGGCCUGCACGGUAGCGGUGGAGGAGAGCAUAGCGCAUCACUACAACAACCAGAUCAGGACGCUGAUGGAGAAGGACCCCGAAAAAUACGAGGAACUUCUUCAGGUGAUAAAGAAAUUUCGGGAUGAAGAGCUUGAGCACCAUGACAUAGGCCUUGACCAUGACGCAGAAUUGGCUCCCGCAUAUGCCAUCUUGAAGGGCCUUAUCCAAGCUGGAUGCAGAACAGCAAUAUAUUUAUCAGAAAGAUUUUGAAGUAUGUCCACUUUUCCCUGUCUAUAAAAGAUCAUAGUAAGUUAGCAAGUCAUAUUUACA